AUGGUACUGAAUACAAAAGAACUUCAAGAGUUUGUGGUGGUAGCAAGGAAGAUUUGGUGGAGAAUGAACUCUUUUAUCUUUAAGAAGGGGUUCUCUCAUCCAAACCUCAUGGUAAGAGAGGCAAGAUCAGUGUUAGACAUGAUGGCAAAGAAGAACUUAGACCAAUGCAGCAAUGACAACCAAGCCUCCUUCCCAAUAGCUUCUUGGCAAGCACCACCAGUGAAUUGGUUCAAGAUUAAUUGGGAUGGGGCAGUAGACAAGGCCAAUGGAUUGAUUGGUGUUGGAGUGGCUAUUAAGGAUAGUUCUAGCCAGAUUAUUGCAACAAUGAGGCAAGGGAAAAAGCUCUACCCUGAUCCCUUACUAGCUGAAUCAUAUGGGGCUCUACAAGCUGUCAAAAUGGCAUGGGAGAUUGGGUUGCAUCAGAUUAUACUCGAGGGUGAUUCCUUGCAAGUCACAAGGCUUUGGUUGAAGAUAGAGAAGUGUUGA